UUUCUAGAAUAAAAAAAAAAUGAAACAACACACUAAGAGAGAGUGAAUUUCUGGGCGGCGGCAAUUUCCUUUGAUCGAGAUAGAAUUAUAUAGCCCGAUCGGUAAACUGACGGUAUUAAACACAAUAUGUCGUUUUACGUGGUAGAAAAGUGGGCGUGGCCUGUUUUGUUUGAUUCGACCAAUAGGAGAAGAGUUGGGUAGUUCUCGCAAAGUGCAUAGUUCAGACCGAGAGGCGGACGCGACAAACGCGAUUCUCCCGUUAACAUAUUCGACCUGUGCACGACGGACACGAUAGCAGUCGUUAAAAAGAAUGGCGAUUCGACGUGUUACAGAUUUUUACACUAUCUCGUUAUUAUCGGUGACGCGACUGCCGGAUAGCGGGAGCCAGCGACGAGACCGACGACGAACGAACCCUCUGACGUGGACCUAGUCUCGCGACGCUAGCGCUACAACCGGCGUGGACAGCGUGGACAGAACUGGCAUUAGCACCCGGACUGUUCGGGGCCCGAGUCGGUUCUCGUACGCGUUCGCAGACGAGAGUGUUGAAAUAAGUCGAUCAACAACACACUCACGUACACAUAGUACGGAAACAGUUGUUGUUAUUCUCUCGUCCUGUCGCAGUUGGAAGCCCUUUUUUCAGUAUUUUCUACUCCGGUUUGCCGCCGACGGUGUCCGAAGGCCCCGCGAUUCCGUGAAAAACUCACACCAACGGGGGUGGUUGCAAAGUGGCCGAGAAUUUUGAAAAUCCUCGGUCAAGUAUCGCUUCUCGGCCUGUUGGCUAAGAUCAAAGUGUUUUAUUUAUUGCACGUUAUUUAUUUAUUUAUUUAUUACGAACAUGGACAUAGUAUAUUAUUUAGUGCCCUUCCCUUUGGACGAGAAUGAAGGCCCACUUAGGUGUGAGGACUGUUUUGGGGUACCCAAUAAUAGGAAGCAGGGUGUAUAUGAGUCACGUAAGAAGUUGGAGCAGCACCUGUGGCGCAUCCAUAGAAAAAAACCCAAAUACCAGUGUCGGGUCUGUGGCGAGCAGAGCCAAAUGCUAAGAACAGCACAAAACCAUGCUCGUCAGCACGUGGCUCCCCCUGCAGUGCCUAGAAGAAGAGGAAGACGACGACAGCAGCGAGAUAGUAGCAGCGAGGCAAGUGACACUUCCGACGUGCCAACUCCGCCACGUGGAUCGCCGGCGCCUGCCCGUGGAGCCAGACGUCUGCACCAUGAGGGGGAGGUUGACGACCAGGUGGAGGCUGCGGCUGUGGAUGAUAACGAAGUGAUGGGCGACCAGGUGGAGGCUGCUGCUGUUGGUGACCAACAAGAGAUGGACGACCAGGUGGAGGCUGCUGCGGUUGGGGACCACGUCCGGGACCUGCUGGACUUCACGGAGGAGGUUGCUGACCUGCGUGCUGAGAUGGAGCUUGACAUCGACGCUUCAAGGGCCGUACUGGAGACAUCCGUGGCUGUGGGACCUGCUGCCUCGACACCAGUGCCUAGGCUCCAGGCCGAGCGGCGGGACGAGGUGGACCUCGAUGCGACCCUGGCCCGGCUGACGGCUGCUGCAGCACGUGGGGACGGCGACGCCUGGGACGUGGUCCUGAACGAGAGUCUGCGGGUGCGGAGACGUCGCAGCCGCAACGCUUCGAUUGUGAGUGUCACUAGUAAUAAUGGGGGGGCUCAGAUAGGGGGGGCAUUAGAUUUAGACAUUGUAAAUACCACUGAUGGGGGCAGAGAGGAGCUUGGGGGUCCGCCCCCUCCCGCGCCGCCGAAUGGCCGCCAGGGUCACUGGCUGAGGGAAGUGGUGGAGGCAGUGACCUUUGAGGCUUUCGAGCGGGUCGUGGGGGCGUGGAUUCUCGAGGCAGCUCCCAAGAGAAGGGAAAAUGGCCCCCCUCGGGUGGCAGAUGGGACUGGUCGGGGCCGUGGUCGUGGCCGCGGGCGGGGCCGGGGCGCUCAGCGACCUGGAGCCCGUGCUCGCGGGCAUGGCCUUGGUCCUGGUCGGGAACAGGCAGCCCGGGGUGGGUUUGAUCCAAUCGAAGCUGCCGCCAUCCAGAAGCUGUUCCGUCGCAACAAGAAAAAGGCGGUCAAUCAGAUUCUGGGUGGUGACAGUCGAUUCUGUACCGUGGAUGACACAGUGGUGGAGGACCAUUUCAGAAGGGUUUUCUCGGCGGGUGACUUUCGAGUCGGGCCAACUCCCCAGGUGGUUCGUGACACCAUGACUCCUCACGAGCCAUGUGACGAAGACCAAGACCUGGUGGGUGAGAUAACCCCUGAGGAAGUGUCGGCUAGGCUGGGGCGGGCUUCCAAUACUGCACCGGGCCCUGAUAGGGUCCCCUAUUGGGCACUCAAGAGGGCUGACCCGGGUGGUGUGGUGUUGGCGGCCAUCUUCAGCCGAUGCCUUGAAGAGGGCCGGACUCCGGCAGAGUGGAAGAACUCCAACACUGUGCUCAUCCACAAAAAAGACAACCCCAUGGACCUCGACAACUGGAGACCAUUGACCCUAGCUUCCUGCAUUUCGAAGCUGUACACAGGGCUCCUGGCCUCCAGAAUUGGCAAGUGGGCCAGGAAUGGCAGGAUCUCCUGGCCCCAGAAAGGUUUUAUGGAGCACGAGGGGUGCUAUGAGCACAACUUCGUGGUCCGAUCAGCCAUCGAUGACGCCAGAAGGGGAGGGAAAAGAGUCGUGCUUGCAUGGCUUGACCUCUCCAAUGCCUUUGGGUCUGUGCCGCACAGCUACCUCUUGCAUGCGCUUCAGAUGCAUGGGAUGCCCCAGAAAUUGAUUGACGUGGUGAGUGAGCUUUACCACGGGGCAACCACGAGAGUCCGCACGUCACAAGGCUUUACCGGUCCUAUACCAAUGGCGGCAGGGGUGAAGCAGGGCGAUCCGCUCAGCCCUAUUCUCUUCAACCUUGCCAUUGAGCCAGUGGUCAGGGCAGUACAUAGUGCUGCUGAGUCGGACGGGUAUCGUCUUGGUGGACGCCACUUCUCUGUCGUGGCCUACGCGGACGAUCUGGCACUGAUUGCGUCGGGCGAGGAGCAGAUGCGCAGGCUCCUGAGGACGGCGGAGGAUGUCGCUGCCUGGGCUGGCCUAAGGUUUAACCCCAGGAAGUGUGCAAGCCUCGAGGUGGAUUGCCGCAACCGCAGGCGAGUCCUGGCGACCGAGUACGAGAUCGGUGGUUCUCCUAUGGUGUGUCUGAAAGAGGGCGAGGAGUACCGUCAUCUCGGGGUGCCAACUGGAUUCAAAGUGGACCAAACACCGGAACAUGACAUUGCCAGAAUGGCCGAAGAUGUGAAGAAGAUCGACGAGAGUCUUCUGGCACCUUGGCAGAAGUUGGAAGCCGUGAGGAUGUUCAUACUCCCACGGCUAGACUUCAUCAUGAGGGGAGCCAGGGUGGCCAAGACCCCACUGAAGAAGCUCGACAAUGACGUGAAGAGAAUGGUGAAGAAGUGGCUCUACCUUCCACAGCGAGCCAGUGCUGAGGUGGUCUAUCUGGGUGUGGCAGAGGGAGGGGCCGGAAUGUUCCCUCUGGCAGACCUAGUUGACAUAUCCUCCGUGGCCCAUGCCUUCCGCAUGGUCACGUGUACUGACCCUGUGGUGAAAGACCUGGCUAGAGCUACUCUUUCGCAUGUCGCCAGGAAACGCCUUGGGCGUCCCGUUUCCCUUGACGAGGUUGCCGACUACUUGUCCGGUAGGUUGGACGGUGACUUUGCCAGGGAUGGAGGUGACAUCGGUUCUCUGUGGACUGAUGCGAGGAAUGCCGCCGGUAGGCUCCAAAAGAAAAUCGGAGUCUACUGGAAGUUCGACCAUGACAGGGAGGAGUUCCAAAUUCGAAUUCCCUCGCCUGACGGCACUUCCGGUCCAGUCAUUGUCCCAGAGGACGCAAGGGGCCAUUUUUUUGCAAGAUUGAAGACUGCCAUGAGGCUCAAGUUGAAGAAGACACUCACUAGGAAGCCUGAUCAGGGGAAGGUCUUCGACGUGGCUUGCCGAUGCCGUGAUUCAAAUCAUUUCAUCCAGGCCGGCAAGUUCACUCGAUUUGCCGAUUGGCGCUUUAUUUUUAAAGCUCGCCUCGGCACCGUCCCUCUGAACGGUUGCAGGCGUUGGGGCGAAGGCGAUAGGAGGUGCAGGCGCUGUGGUGAGCAGGCAGAAACUCUGCCUCACGUGCUGAACCACUGCCAGCCGACCAGUGAGGGCUGGAGAAAGCGCCAUGAUGCAGUACUCCAUCGCUUAGCCGAAUCAAUCCCGGAAAGGACCGGAACCACCAGGGUUGACCUGACCGUUCCCGGUGUCGAGAGUACCUUGAGGCCCGACCUGGUCGUCACGAACGAGCGGGAAAAGCGCAUCCACUUGGUGGAUGUGGCUAUCCCGUUCGAAAACAGGUACGGGGCGCUAGCUGACGCGAGACGACUCAAAAUUGAGAAAUACCGUCAGCUAGCUGAUGAACUUCGCCUCAAGGGAUACUCUGUCACCCUGGAUGGGUUCAUCGUGGGUUCCUUGGGAUCCUGGGACAUGGCGAACGAGCGAGUGUUAAAACUGUUGAACAUCUCCUCGCGCUGUGCCCAGGCCAUUAGACGCCAGAUGGUCUCUGAUGUGAUCAUGUGGUCACGAAACAUCUACGUGACUCAUAUCACAGGCCAUCGGCAAUGGUAG